ACAGACACACACAUGCUCAGACACACUCAUACACACCCAGUCUUACGCCGCCAGCCAGCCAUUCGCUCCUCACUCACACCCUCAAAUCUUACCAAGCUCGGCUCUCCCUGCUCAGAGGCAGACAGGAGCAGCACGACAGCCCGUUAAAGGGGUUGAGUGAAGGAGCAGCGGAGUCAGAGAGAGACACUGAAGGGGAAAGAGAGAGAGAGGGAGAGAGAGAGAGAGAAGGAGGGGGAUGAAUGAACGAAGGGAGUGCAGAGCAGAGGGAGUGCUGUUCCCCAUAUGCUGAAGAGGCAUGGGCGGCUGAACAAGCUGCCCCCACUGAAGCCUCCUCACUCAUGGGAGCAUCAGACCCCGACUCCCCAGAGAGACUGGAACUGCAGCCGAACCACGCGUGAGAGACAAGGCAGCCAGGGAGGAGGGGAAAAAGUGCCGAGAGAGGAGAGGAGAGGCGAGAGGGAAGAAAGCCACAACGGUAGGCUGUCCCACUCAAGUGCUGUGCCGUGAUGACGUCACAGCGCAUGUGACCUAGGCUCUCCAGUGACGGCACAUGGAGGGCAGGAAAGAGACAAGUUUUAAAGCUGGUGCCUUUUGGGUUGUGUGAGGGCUCUGCUCGCCUCCCAAACAACCACAGAACCACAGACGUGCGGCUCGGGGUUGGUGUUUGAGGGCGACCUGGAGUGUAAAUGGUUAAUCGUCGCGGGCCAGCACCAGUCACAAGGACGGCGCUAAGCGAGUAAGUACGUUCCAACCACACUCGCCAAGCAAGCAAGUCCGACACCAUCUGAUCUAUCCGCAAAGGCGAUAUUUGCCUCUGCAAUUUUUUUCUCUAUAAAACCCAGACCUGGUUGUUACUUGUGGUCAUCCGAAUAGUUGAUACGUAAAGCAUGUCUUGCGGAUGGCUUUUCCAUUUUUUUCCUUUAUGACAUGCUACGUGCUCUUGGUUUAGGACGUGUCAAGGGUCACGGAAACCACAGAGGAACAAAAGUGGGGCUUGCUGCAACCAGAGGCAGCUAUGGCAUCUAACAGCCUUUUCAGCACAGUGACACCAUGUCAACAAAACUUCUUCUGGGAUCCCAGCGCCAGUCGGAGGUUCAGUCCGCCGUCCAAUAGCCUCCAGCCGGUCCCAGGGAAGAUGAAUGAUGUGAGCUCCCCCGCCGGGCAGCCGGACGCCGCAGCGGCGGUGCCAAGACUGCGUGCCCACGAAAACCGCAGCAUGGCCGAGAUCAUCGCCGACCACCCGGCCGAGCUGGUCCGGACCGACAGCCCCAACUUCCUCUGCUCGGUCCUGCCCUCCCACUGGCGGUGCAACAAGACGCUGCCUGUCGCCUUUAAGGUGGUCGCUCUGGGGGACAUACCUGACGGAACCGUUGUCACGGUGAUGGCGGGCAACGACGAGAACUACUCCGCCGAGCUGCGGAACGCCUCAGGUGUGAUGAAGAACCAGGUAGCGCGUUUCAACGACCUGCGCUUCGUGGGCCGCAGUGGCAGAGGCAAGAGCUUCACACUGACAAUCACAGUAUUCACCAACCCACCACAAGUGGCCACUUACCACCGAGCCAUAAAGGUCACCGUGGAUGGACCUCGUGAGCCCAGGAGGCAUCGCCAGAAGCUCGAGGACGCUCCCAAGACGGGCCUCUUCUCCGACCGCCUCAGUGAGCUGGAGAGGAUGCGGGUGAGGGUCAGCGUCCCCACUCAGGCCCCGCGGCCCACUCUGAACACGGCGGCCAACUCCUUCAACCCGCAGGGGCAGACGCAGAUAACGGACCCUCGUCAGUCCCAGUCCUCUCCUCCCUGGUCGUACGAACAGACGUACCCGUCCUACCUGAGUCCCAUGGCGUCCCCCUCCGUCCACUCCACCACCCCCCUCUCCUCCAGCCGAGGCACGGGCCUGCCUGCCAUCAGUGACGUGCCUAGACGCUUGCCAGGUUCCUCGGACCUGAGCCCGUUCCCCGGUCAGUUCGAGCGCCAGUUCCCGGGCCUGUCCUCCCUCACGGAGAGCCGCUUCUCCGGCCCUCGGAUGCACUACCCGGCCACCUUCACCUACACCCCGCCCGUGACCUCCGCCAUGUCGCUGGGCAGCGCCCACUACCACACCUACCUGCCCCCCCCCUACCCGGGCUCCACCCAGAGCCAGAACGGGCCCUUCCAGACCAGCAGCACGCCGUAUCUCUACUACGGCGCCUCGUCCGGCUCCUACCAGUUCUCCAUGGUCCCCGGCGGGGACCGCUCGCCGUCGCGGAUGAUCCCGCCCUGCACUAGCGCCUCCACGGGCACCUCCCUGGUGAACCCCAACCUGCCCAGCCAGACGGAGGCAGGCGUGGACGGGGACGGGAGCCACAGCAACUCCCCGACCGUCCUCAACCCCGGAGGCCGCAUGGACGAAGCCGUCUGGAGGCCGUACUGAGGGAAACCUGCCGGACGGGCGUUAGAAGUCAACUGAUGUCAUGGUUUGAAAGCACAGAACCUCGUUUUUUUUUCCUCGAAGAGGGGAUUUUUUAGCUCUCACCAGCUAUCUUGAUCUUUUUCUUGGAAAUUAAGUUUAAGAUCAUAAAAAGACCAGACUUGUAUGGACCCGUCUUCCUGGAAUGUGUUUUGACCAAGGCACAACAAAGGGAGUCAUUCUCACAGCAAUGAUGAGAAAGACAAUUUUGGUUUACUAGGCCCAAGUGGAUAACACAUUAUUUCAUUUGUAUUAUUAUCCGCAAGCUAAGGGAUACUUCAACAAUAUUUGUAAGAGACUGCCUCUUUUGUAUAGUGUUUGUAUUUCAUUAAGGCUUUUGGAGCAUGUUUUUUGUACUACGACAAUAUCAAGAUGCAAGUUAAGCACUGAGUAGCAAGCGAUGAGAGUGACACAUAUGUUGCUUUAAGCGGUAUGGACAGUAAAUUUGCUUUAAACCAAUUAAUUUAACUUGUACAUUGUGGGUGAAACGUUGAUGUAGAUUGAGGCGUUCUUCGUUUUAACUUAUAAAGCCAUAAAUUAUGUAUUGUAUUUGAAACUUGAGUCAAAGAUUUGUAAUCUGAAUAUUUUUGUUGCAUCUAUAUGACUAAGUUAAAAUGUUUUCUUUUUUGUUUUUUUAAUAGGUAAUUUAAGAGAGUGCAAGGUUUAAUUUCUGUAGUACCCAAAGAUUUAAAUCGUUUCGAAUGCGAGAUGCGUUUUCCAAAGACUAUUGCAACAUGUUUCUUGUGGUGUAACUUUCAGUUUAACUGCUCUGCACGUUAAAGAGCCGGCAUCCUCGCUAGGCGUUGACACACAUUUGGCUCGGAAUUAAACCUUCGGUAUUUAUUGAGCAAUAACUCGUAUUGUGCCUGUUGGCAAGACACCGCGACGGGGAGUUUCAAUGAGGGAAAAUAAUUAUGCAUUUGGGGAAGUUCUGCUUGAUUUCCCCAGUUGGUCUGGCCCGACGCGCACACGGAUACAUAUCUGUCGUCUGGACCCGCGACGGGAGCUGCACGUCUACGUGAGCUCACGUGAUGCGGCGGCCACGCCUGGUGGAGCGCUCCAAAGAAGCAGGUCCUCUCACUUUGUGAUACGUGAACUCCUGAGUGCUGGAAUAAUCCUUCCCAACCGUGCGCUGCGUCCGCAUGGUUCUCCAAGGGACUGCUCUAGGUUCCAUCUCUCGCAGAAAGAUGGCUUUUUAAAAGUUCAUCUUCGUGUGUGACACUUCUUCUUUUUGUCCUUCAGUCUCUAAGAUUGAAAAGGUGACAUCACAGCUAGCGCCGGAAAAAGGCUGUGUUGUUCCUUAACAGCGUUUAUUUAUUUUCCUUUAAUCCGUUUUAAUGCUUUUUGUAUUGUUGUCGAUGAGCAGUGUGACAUUCAGUGGCACCGGGAUGAGCGGGACGUCUGACAUUCUCCAUUUUGAAAUAGCAAAAAUAAAAACGUGGUUGGAGUCUAAAAGGAAGAAGGUGAUUGGAUGCAGCUGCUGGCAGCAAACCGGUGACCGACAAAUAUGGGAGCCUUGUGUACGUUUGUUUCGUGGAGCACUUAUUUCUUUCUUCAUUUCGUGCAGCACUUGCGGCCGGCUGCCAGCAGGGCUCGUGGUUUUGGUUCCUCGGUGCAGACGUGCAGCAACGCCACUGGAGCCACACAGCGCAUAACAAGUCAUGUGUCCAAUUCAAUCUCAAGAAGCACUUGGCGUUGGGUUAAAUGUUAAAUCUGCUUUCAAGAUAUUCGCUUUAUGUAGGUAAUGUAAUAAGUUGACUGAGGAGAGCAGCAUCGGGCCGCUCGCUGAGGCUUCGCAGGCGGAGGGAGUUCUGAAGUCGCGUAAUUGAAUUGGACACGUCCCAGUAAAUCAUCGCGGCUGCUUCAGUUCCUGCUGCUACGGCGUAACAUGAAAAGCAAACACCAGCCUUUUUACGCCGCCGUGAUUCGAUUUGCGUCCGUGUCCCCCGUUACAAAUGGCUCCGGUGUCUCCAGCGUCCAGUCACUGUGCGCAUCUGUUGGAAUUUAUUUAAACCUCUCUCCGUCCAACAUUUGAACAGGAAAUGAUGUUUAAACUGUUUACACACCAGCGCAGCACUGACAUCCCGUCCUCUGUCUUCACCUGUUUUUGUUUGUGUUCUUGUCUUUGUUCUUUUCUUUAGUAAUGUGCUGGGUACCAACUUUCAGCACAAACUCCCACCUUGUAUUAUUUAAUGAUCGACAUGUAUAAUAUCCAGGAGCCGUACUUUACCCUGCUCUUAUGUAAAGUUUACUUGUUAUGUCAUUGAUAUAAUUCUUCUCUCAUAACAGUUGUCAGGAAUCGAAGCUAAUGGAAACUGUUAGAUUUUCUGGUACGUUUCAUAAAGUUAAUUACGUGAGUUUGUUUGUUUUUUUAAGGGUCACAGACCUGACAACAGUGAGUGAAAUUGGCAUUGUGAUUGUACAUUUUGUCUAUUUUAAGAAUAAAAUAGGAAUUUUGUAACUUAA